AUGCAUUUAACUCAAUUUCAAAUAAUUAUUGAUGAAUUACUUAAAAUUAUCGAAUCAUUAAAUGACGAUUAUAAAAGUCACAGUGCAAUACUUAACAUAAAUGCAGAUAUCCUAAGCAGACUCUCAGCAUCUUACCCUAAUUUUAUCGAAAGCUUCAAACCAGUUAUCAAAGCAUCUAUUAUUAAAAUAUCUAAAUCGAUGAUACAGCCAUCAAUUGAAAAAUGCAAGGAAGCUGUUGCUUUUUACUCAAGAAAAUCAAUAUUCCAACCAGAGUAUUGCAAUGAGCUUCUAAAUGAUAUCACUCUUAAUGCAACUAACAGCACAAUUGAUGUUUCUGCAGCUGGACAGACUUAUCUUGAGUUAACAAAUGAAUUAUUAAGAACCAAAAAGAAAUUAACUGAAUUACCAGAUGACACCAAGAACCUUUCACUAUUCCAACAAUUUACACAACAAGAAAUUGCAAUUCAUGAAAAAUUUAUUGAAUUUCAUUCCGAACAAAACAUGAUUAUCACUUCUAGAAUAUCGGAAAUUAAUGACGAACUUGAAAAAUACACAGAAUCGAAGGAAGUUACAAAGAAAACAUCAUCCAAACUGAAAAGUAUGUUCGAUGAUGACGAUAGCAGUGAUAGCAGUAGUGAUUAG